AUGUCCUCGCUUCUAAGAGGAGGCACCGCUGUUCGCAGCAAAACUUCAAAGCUCCUCAGAGGAGGAACCGUUCUUAUCCAUGGCGAGAAGGACCAUGUUUCCCCACAAUUGGCCGACAUCCUUAUUGAGGGGGACAGAAUUUCUAAGAUAGAUGCCGCCAUUCCUGCGCCUACUGAAUGUCAUAUCAUAGACUGUACCGAUAAAAUCAUUUCCCCUGGCUUUGUGGAUACACAUCGCCAUGUUUGGCAGUCGCCCCUCAAAGGAUUCUUCGGAGACACGGCUCUGUUUCCGUACCUAGCAAUCGUAAUUGCCGCCGGGAUGGAACUCAAAGCAGAAGAUAUGUUUUGGGCGAAUCUAGCUGGCAGUUUGGAAUCUAUCGAUGCCGGAACAACCACUACCCUGGAUCAUGCUCAUAUGAACUGGUCCAAGGAUCACAGCUGUUCGGCAAUCGCCGGGACAAUAUCCUCGGGUAUCCGCUCGAUUUUUGGCUAUACUCCGGUUUCCAUUGUUGCGAGCACAAAGCCGAAAAUUGAAUUUUCGCCCGAGCCUUUGCCCAGUUGGAUUAUGGAGACUUUUGAACGACUCGCCACAUCGAAACCACUUAAUGACUCUGGUUCUCGUGUCCAAUUGGGAUUCGGGUUUGACUUCUACCACCUUCCCAAAGAAGUUGUCUUGGGAAUCUUCCACAAAGUCAAGUCCCUGGGUACCAGGAUAAUUACAUCGCACUUCAUCCAAAACUUUGUCAAAGAUAGUGAGAGUCUACCUGCUUUGUUGAAGUCUUAUGGUUUGUUACAGAAAGGCAUCGUGCUUUCCCAUGGUGGUGGAGCUACGUCCGAAGAUGUCAAACUGUUAAGCGAUGCAAGCUGCUUUGUCUCUGCUACGCCGAACACCGAGCUUGCCAUGGCAGUCGGACCGCCAGUCUGCUUCCGGAAAGACCUAACCGGUAUCGAUAGAGUAUGCUCUUUAGGUGUCGACUGCCACUCGGCAACAAGCGGCAGCAUGGUAAAUGAGAUGCGGAUGGCAUUGCAGACCGCAAGAGGAAUUGAAAGUGAAUCCCACAUUCAAAGUGGCAUAUGGCCGAGAGAGGUAACGCAGAAAACUUCUCAUGCCUUCAACUUGGGCACUAUCCAGGGUGCCCGUGCUCUGCGCAUGGAGCAUGACAUUGGUAGCCUUGAAGUGGGCAAAAAGGCGGAUCUGGUGAUAUUUGAUGCUCUCAGUCCUGCUAUGAUUGGUGUUGCUCAGCGGGAUCCUGUCAUGGCUAUUGUCCUACAUUCCACAAUACGCGAUGUCAACACUGUGCUUGUGGAUGGGGAGGUGAGAAAAGAAAAUGGCAAGUUAUGUUCAGUCAAGGGUACUGAGUGGAGUGACAAGAGCGGCUUCGUGGAAACAAACCAGGAUAUUCACUGGCACGAGGUGGCAGAUCGACUUUUGGCUAUACAAAAGAGGCUAGUAUCUAAAACUCCGGGCCCUCUUCUCUUGCAGAUAGAAGAUCAUGUCCGCGAGCUCUUUGGCCAUAAGCCCGCCGUUUCCAAAAUUUAG